UUUGUUUCUAGGCCCAGCCAAUCCAUCACCCCAGAAUUUCUUGCUUGCUUCUUUCCUACACCUCUCUCUCUCUCUCUCUCUCAAUUUGCUUACUUUCAAAGGGGUUGCAUUGUUCUCUAUUUCUCUCUUUCUGUUUCUGUAUGUUGUUCAUAAACUUGAAGUCUAGGGCUUUUCUGUAAACUAAAAUCAAGAACCAAGAACCAAGAACCAAGAAAGAAAUGAGUGCUUCAAGGUUCAUAAAGUGUGUUACUGUUGGUGACGGUGCUGUUGGCAAGACUUGUAUGCUUAUCUCCUACACCAGCAACACUUUCCCCACUGAUUAUGUUCCUACUGUAUUUGACAAUUUCAGUGCCAAUGUUGUUGUGGAUGGGAGCACAGUCAAUCUAGGGCUAUGGGAUACUGCAGGCCAGGAAGAUUACAAUAGAUUAAGACCUCUAAGCUAUCGCGGGGCAGAUGUUUUUCUGCUUGCAUUCUCUCUCAUUAGCAAGGCCAGCUAUGAAAAUGUUGCAAAAAAAUGGAUUCCUGAAUUGAGGCAUUAUGCACCUGGAGUACCAAUUAUUCUUGUUGGAACUAAGCUUGAUCUCCGAGAUGAUAAGCAAUUCCUUAUAGACCACCCUGGUGCAGUGCCCAUUACCACAGCUCAGGGGGAAGAACUGAGGAAGCUAAUUGGGGCUCCUGUUUACAUUGAAUGUAGUUCAAAAACUCAGCAGAAUGUCAAAGCUGUCUUUGAUGCAGCCAUUAAAGUGGUUCUCCAGCCACCAAAACAGAAGAAGAGAAAGAAAAGAAGGGCACAAAAGGCCUGCUCCAUAUUAUGAUCAAUGAAGGAAGUUGUGGGGGGAAAGCACAAGCGACUAGGCAUGGCAUCAAUUCCAGUAGUCUUCACCAUUUCUCUUAGGUUCUCCCAACUUGAGGAAGCAACAGGAUGUGGUCUGUAGUAUCUACUGACAGAACUAGGAAGCACAUUAUAAGCAUCAAGUCGUGAGUUUGUAAUGUUCUGGAUUGCUAUUCGAUUUGUAUAUGAAUGAUUGUGUUUUCUUGACAUGCAAACCCUUUCUUCAUCUUUAGGUCAUGUUGCAUAUAUUGACUAGAGUGAGGAAAAUCUAUUACAUGAGAAAGAAAACAACACAAAGUCCUCAUGUAUUAUGUAUGAUCUAUAAUUUGAUUUAGUGCACUAGUAGAUCUAAAAAUUAUUGUGGUUUUUGGUUAAA